GUCAACGAAAUCGGGGAAGAAAUCACGUUUUCAGCCGGAGGCGGAAAGUGAGAGAGAUCGGGGGAAGAAGUUUCUCACCCUCGGUCUGUAGAGAGUUGAUUCCGAGCUUUUCGCUUCACUUUUUCUCUUUCUACCCUCAAUAGAAGGAGAGAAGUUGCGGCGGAGCUUUUAUUCACAUAAAAGCUCGGGGGAAGAAGUUUCUCAACCCUUCUCCUUUUCUGUUCUUCCCUUCCUUAUACUACACAUGGCUUUCUCCGAUAACGCUCGCCAAUCUCUCGUCCCAAGCUUUCUCUAUUCGACAUCUCCGUCGAAUAAAACCCUAGAUUUUGAGAAGUUGUUGAACCGAAGACAGAGCUCGCCAUCGGUAUCAACUCCAUCAUCCCUGUCAACUACAAAUGGAGUUUCAAAAAGUUUCGUAAUUCCUGCUCCCAGCGAGCCUGGGAAGAUCGCUAUGUAUUCCCCUGCUUUUUACGCAGCUUGUACUGCUGGUGGAAUAUUGAGUUGUGGACUUACUCAUAUGGCCGUUACUCCUCUGGAUCUGGUUAAAUGUAAUAUGCAGAUCGACCCCGCAAAGUACAAGAGCAUCAGUUCUGGGUUUGGAGUUUUGCUUAAAGAGCAGGGGGUUAAAGGUUUCUUCAGGGGUUGGGUGCCAACCCUGCUUGGGUAUAGCAUGCAGGGUGCCUGCAAAUUUGGAUUCUAUGAGUUCUUUAAGAAGUACUACUCAGACAUUGCUGGGCCUGAGUAUGCAGCCAAGUACAAAACCUUGAUCUACCUUGCUGGUUCUGCAUCUGCUGAAGUGAUUGCCGAUAUUGCCCUGUGCCCUAUGGAGGCGGUGAAGGUCCGUGUCCAAACCCAGCCUGGGUUUGCCAAGGGUCUGUCUGAUGGGUUCCCCAAGUUUGUCAAAGCACAAGGAUAUAGUGGGUUGUACAAAGGGCUUGUUCCACUAUGGGGGCGUCAAAUUCCAUAUACCAUGAUGAAGUUUGCAACCUUUGAGACUGUUGUGGAGAUGAUGUACAAGUACGCCAUUCCCACCCCAAAGGAGCAAUGCAGCAAAUCUUUACAGCUGGGUGUUAGCUUUGCUGGUGGAUAUGUGGCUGGUGUUUUCUGUGCUGUUGUCUCUCACCCAGCUGACAAUCUUGUCUCCUUCCUCAACAAUUCCCAGGGGGCCUCUGUGGGUGAUGCUGUGAAGAAGCUAGGGGUGUGGGGUCUCUUUACCCGUGGUCUUCCUCUUCGUAUUGUGAUGAUCGGCACCCUUACUGGAGCUCAAUGGGUCAUCUACGACGCUUUCAAAGUUUUUGUUGGGCUGCCAACCACUGGUGGUGCUGCUCCACCCCCAGCCACCGCACCUGAGCCUUGAAAUGCGUUUCUUUCCCAGAUUGCAGACUGAAGUGGUUCAUUUAGGGAUUGAGAACUAGAGGUUUUUGUUGCUGAAAAUUGUGAUCAGCGGCAAAGUUGUAUUCUUUUCCCAUUCAGAAGAUUUUUUUAGCUAUAUUUAUUUUGUGAGGAUGGUUUUGAAUUCAUCCUCAAAAUCUUGAGGAUAUAGUUGCAGUAGUUCCCAUACGGUAAUGGUAAUAAUGGUUAGAAAGGUGGGCAUGUUGAUUUUAUCAGGCCCAUCUAUACUCCAGAAACGUUUUGUAUGUUUGUCUUCUAAUUUCUAAGUGACCCCCACCCAGAAAGCUUUUCCAUGCCACACAGGCACA